GGAAACAAACUGUUUCUAUUAAUAUGACAGUGCAGGGGAGUUAUUUGGUGAAAGCUGUUCAUGAGAAGAGUCUAAAUUCUGUGGGGUAGAAAGAAAUGCUUGACUCCAAAAAGUAAGAGCCAUUCACAAGGGCAGAUGUUUUGUGCUGUGGGGGUGAGUUGAUGCAACUGUUCUCAAACUUCACAAUUAUGGAUGGAGUUGUCUCACCCUCAGAAUCAGCAAUGUCUGGAUUCCACUACACGUGUGAGCUGUUGAUUGUCCAUUCUUGCGAGGCUCAGGAAUGGGCUACAUAUCUGCAGAAAAUCUUGAAGUCUUCACGCAAAUUUCCCAAGAGGUCUAUCGUAUUGUAUGCAGUUGACCGUGUUGAACAACUACAUGGAUGCGAAUUGAACAUUUUCUAUAAUAGUAAAUGCAUCGUGCUGCUGCUGACAACGGCAAUCCUGGACAUUCUAAAUGACCCUGAAGUCCUGGGAACUUUUCAGAGACUCCUUCAUCCUCCACACAGAGUGGUGGCGCUGUUGUGUGGGAUGUCGGAGGAUGACAUACCCACUGAAUGGUUUGAAAACUGGCAGAGCUGGAGAAAACUGUAUGCUGAAGACGAACCUGCUCUUUACAUCUCCACCAUUCUAGAAUCCAUCGCUGACUGUAAUACAGAAGAGGCUGAACAUGAGGCGGAAGCUACAGAAAAAACAGGAGCAAAAACAGAGCAUGAAAUCACAGUGGUUAUGAACCCCAAAGCUGAGGGGACAGAGGAAGAGUCAGUGACAGAACCAGAGUGUGUCCAGGACGACGAUGACGAUGUGAGAACAGAGAUCCACUCAAACCAGGCAAUGAGCCCCACACAUCCCACCUGCCUCACUGUUCAACCAAACAAAGUUUUAUGCGGGGACCAUGCAACUAUUUUUAUAAUCUUUUCUAAUAAACUGAACAAUCAGUUGAAAAUGGAGGUGGUGUUUGCCUCUGAAGAUUCAACUGCAAAACGGGUUCUAGGGAUUUUGGAGAAUGAAUACACUAUCAGUAUUAAUGCACCUGAUAUGCCAGCAGGAGAGGUGUCACUCACUCUGUAUAGCAACGACUCGCCAGUCUGUUUGAGGCCUGUAACAUACUACACAGCCAUGGGAGAAAUCAGCAGUUACCUUGAACAUGCAGCUGCUCCCCUGAACUUUAUGUGUCAGGCAUUCAAUUUAACAUCCAAUACCACAGAGUCACUUGACAAUUUGCUGACAGACUCAUUACAAUGCAGGAUCCCUGCAAGUGGACUUCAUGUGUUUGGAAUCAGACAGCUAGAGGAAGACAAUAUUGCUGCAUAUCAGCGAAAGGAGGAGCUUCCCACUCUGCUUCAUUUUGCCGCAAAGUAUGGGCUGAAGAAGCUGACAACAGUCCUGCUCCAGUGUCCAGGUGCCGUACAGGCCUACAGCGUGAUGAAUAAGAAUGGAGACUACCCAAAUACACUGGCAGAGAGGAGCGGCUUCUCUGAACUGAGACAGUUCAUAGAUUACUUUGUGGAGAAAGCUGACACGGCUGAAGAAGAUGAGGAGGUGUACGAGUCCAUGUCCAACUCCUCUCAAGACAUCAUGAACGACUCCCUAAACCCUGGGUGUCAAGAAGACAUCUAUGAGACCAUGAUCGGGUUAAACCACGACUCCAUGGAAGACCUAUAUGAGGACAUGGAGAAGGCAUUAGGAGAGUCUCAUAACCCGGAGGAAGCCAUACUUAGACAUUUUUUUCAAGGUAAACCUGAUGCAGGUGUGCCCCAAGUUGGGGAGCAUACAACUAAUGAAGAGGUGGGAGACCAGGUGGAAGAACCAGAGGGGUUUGAGGAAGAAGAACUUUACAACAUGUGUGUUUCUGAUCAAAUCUAUGACACGGUGGACGAGAAUGCAAGCUAUCUCCCGGAAAUUGUCAACCGUCCACCAGCCCCCAUUCCGAGACCUGUAACAUUUUCCGAGCCUGAGGAGUCCAAGACCUACAUCUCAAGAGUGUUUUCAGCAAAAGAAGAAUCAAAUCCACAGACGGACCUCAGAGAAACAGAGUCAUCCACUGUGAGGCCUGUGAGAGAUGGAGCCUCCACCUCCUCAUCCCACGACCCCUAUGCUGAGGUGAAGACCCAAGGCCAGAGGCAGCUCAUAGCUUUGCAGGAGAAGGUGAAGGUGGGGGUCCUGAGUGUGGAUGAUGCUGUCAAGGAAUUCAAGGCCUGGCAGUUUGAUGAGGAUAGGAGAUCUCAGUCUCUGCGUAAUCAACAGGACAAUUUGAAGAGAUUACGAGGCAGCAUUACCAGACGCCAAAAAGAGAGGGAGAAGAUUGGGAAGGAGAUCAGUCUGGAGAUAACCGCCCCACUGCAGAGGAACCUUCCCUGGGCCUCCAACAUGGCUGUUGAGUGUUCUGUGUACGAGCCCACCCCUCGGGUCAUUGCCCAACCCCCUCCUGUGACCCGGUCAAGCCAGAGAGGCACCUGGAAAACUGGCAGUACCUCCAGCACAUCCAGUAGUGGCAGUAACAGACUCAGCACAAAUAGUACGAUUAGCUACAGCAGCGGAACUGAGCCCGACUUUGAGGAUACAUCAGACUUCCUCCCUUUACCCACACGGCCCGCUGAGGCCGCACCUCUACCUCCUCCCCCCAGAAUCCCACCACGACUCCCAGACAGGGCUGCGGAGAGUUUGCUGGAGGAGCGUUACGUAUCAUACCCCUCUCGAGCUCUCCCUCAGAGACCACCUCAGAGGACCACCUCUCCCCCUCGCAUACCCCGGAGAACACGAUGACACACAGCUCUGCUGUUAUAGCAUUUCAAAUGACUGCCCUCUAAAAUAUCUGUCAAGAACUAAUCAGGCAGUGUUACUUACAGUAUUCAUACCCCUUGACUUAUUCCACAUGUUGUGUUACAGCCUGAAUUCAAAAUGGAUCAAAUCUUUUUUUAAACCAUCACAUACAAUACCCCAUAGUGACAAAGUGAAAACAGGUUUUUCGAAAUGUUUGAACAUUUAUUGAAAAGGAAAUACAGAAAUAUCUAAUUUACAUAAGUAUUCACACCCCUGAGUCAAUAUUUUGUAGAAGAACCUUUGGCAGCAAUUACAGCUGUGAGUAUUUCUGGGUAAGUCUCUAAGUCUCUUAAUACCAUGCUCAAAGGGAUAUUCAAUGUCUGCUUUUUUUUUACCCAUCUACCAAUAGGUGCCCUUCUUUGAGAGGCAUUGGAAAACCUCCCUGGUCUUUGUGGUUGAAUCGGUGUUUGAAAUUCACUGCUUGACUGAGGGUCCUUACAGAUCAUUGGUAUGUGUAGGGUACAGGGAUGAGGUAGUCAUUUAGAAAUCAUGUUAACCACUAUUAUUGCACACAGAGUGGGUCCAUGCAACUUAUUAUGUGACUUGUUAAGGACAUUCUUGCUCCUGAACUUAUUUAGGCUUGCCAUAACAAGGGGGUUGAAUACUUAUUGACUCAAAACAUUUCAGCUUUUCAUUUACCUAAAAACCUACUUUGACAUUAUGUGGUAUUGUGUUUAGGCCAGUGACACAAAAUAUAAAUUGAAUCAAUUUUAAACUCAGGCUGUAGCAAAACAAAAUGUGGGAAAAGUCAAUGGGUGUGAAUAGUUUCUGAAGGCACUGUAUAUGAACAUCAUGCAGGAAGAUUUGAGUGUGUAGAACAGAACCACAUAGAACAUCAUCCUCAAGUCAGUCAAUUCAGUAACUAACCUGAAAUUCAUAUUUAGAAGGGAAAUCUUGGAUUCAAACAAUAACAAAGCGGCACCCUGUCAAUUUUUUGGUGAACAGUUGAGGGAUGGGACUGUAUAAGCAUAAUAAAAAAAGGCAUCUAUUUUCAAUUACUUCUAAAUAAACUAAAAUGGAGAAGCUAUUCAUUUCAAAUGUUUUUAAAUUUUUAAAAUGUUAAAUUCAAAUCACUUUCUGAAUUGAAUUCUAAUGACUCCAACCCUACAACAGACGCAGUGGUAGUGUAAAUGAUUUCGUAUUAACUUCCUGCGUUAGAAUUGUAAAGGGUUUUCAACAAAUUGAUCAAAUAAGGAUUGUGUUUGUUUGUCACGCUUGUUCGUGGAUAGUGUACUACUGUAUUAUUAUACAACCGAUCACACAAUGAACUUGGAUCUUACAAAUGCAAAGAUUAACCAUUUAUGUAAUCUGUUUUAAAAUAAAUGUCUUGAGUUAAUGUUUGGUACGCA